AUGGUUGUCUUGGGAUACAUCGCAAAUGACGCCAAGCACUUUCAUAUAUAUGUAGCAAAUCGAGUACAGAAGAUCAGGGACAAUACAGCUGUGGAGCAAUGGAGGCACAUCGCAACCGACAACAACCCAGCCGACCUCACAUCUCGAGGAGCAAACGCCAGAGAGUUGAUCGACAGCCAGCUGUGGUGGAAAGGGCCAGCCUUCCUUUCCACUUUGAAGCCACUCAGUCCUUGCAAGAUUGACAACCUUGGUGAAGGGGAUCCAGAGAUCAAGAAGAUGACAACCCUGGCAACUGGAGCUGUAAUUGAAGCUGACAUAGGCCUACUCCCAAGAUUGCAGCGAUUCUCAAGUUGGUACAAGGCUAAAAGAGCUGUCGCUGUCUGCCUGAAGUUCAAGGAGAGGUUGCUUAAUCGGACAGCAAGGUUUUCUACAUACAAGCCAGUGACAGCUGAAGAAAUCGCUCAAGCUGAGAUGUUGAUCCUUAAGACAGUCCAAGCUGAGGCUUACUCUGAAGAAAUGCCCAUUCUUCGAGGAAUUAAGGCUGUAGACGACAAUGCUGACCAGAAGGGGUCCACAAACCGAGACAGUUGCAGGAGGCGAGACUUAGUUCUGAAGAAAAGCAGCAGCUUGUACAGACUUGAUCCUUAUCUGGAUGAAAAUGACAUCAUCAGAGUCGGUGGACGGAUCAGAAGAGCUAACGUUCCGAGGGGAGUCAAACAUCCAGUCCUGCUGCCUAAAGACAGUCACAUCACCAGGGUAAUAGUCCGGCAUUUCCACGAAAGGACCGGUCAUGGAGGUCGCAACAUGACUCUGAAUGAGGUCCGAGCCCAAGGAUAUUGGAUAACAUCUGCAAGAUCCAGCAUCACGUCCUGUCUGAGUAAAUGUGUCAUCUGUCGUAAGCUGAGAGGACCCCCCUUGGGUCAGAAGAUGGCCGAUUUACCUGAAGAUCGCAUGAAAGAAGCUCCACCAUUUACUUACGCCGCAGUCGAUUAUUUUGGCCCCUUCCUUGUUCGUCAGGGCCGGAGUGAUCCAAAGAGAUAUGGAGUCUUGUUUACCUGUCUGAGCUCGAGAGCCAUACAUAUCGAGACAGCUAACUCGCCGAGUACGGAUUCCUUCCUAAAUGCAUAUCGUAGAUUCGUGUGUCGCCGUGGCCCCGUAAGGCUUUUGAGAUCGGACCAAGGAACGAAUUUUGUCGGCGCCAAAAGUGAGUUGGCUGCAGCUCUGGCAGAAAUGGAUGAAGACGGGGUGAGGAGACGCUUACUCUUAGAUGGAUGUGAUUGGAUUAAGUUCGAGAUGAACGUACCCCAUUCUAGUCAUAUGGGUGGGGUAUGGGAGAGGAUGAUCCGAUCAGCUAGAAACGCGCUGUCUGCACUACUUGUUACUCACGGAGACCGAUUGGAUGACGAAAUGCUGCGAACAUUGAUGGUUGAGGCCGAAGCCAUCGUAAACAGUCGCCCAUUGACGUGUGUAGAUACCAACUCGCCUGACACACCGGAGCCAUUAAGUCCCAGCCAGCUGCUUACAAUUGAGACAAGGGUCAUCAUGCCGCUGCCAGGCAACUUUCAACGAAACGACAUCUACUGCCGUCGCCAAUGGAGGCGUGUACAAUAUCUAGCAAACGAGUUUUGGUCUCGCUGGCGGAAGGAAUUCUUACCAACACUACAGGAAAGGAGAAAAUGGACCAAGUCGUGGCCAAGCCUGGCCAUAGGUGUCAUCGUGUUGGUUAUCGAUGACGGAGUCGCAAGGUGUAACUGGCCAAUGGGGAGAGUAUUGGAGACGUUUCCUGGGAAGGACGGACUCGUUAGAAAGGCACGCAUACAGGCUGGACAGUCAGUUUUGGAUCGCCCUGUUCACAAGUUGAUCUUGCUGCUGAAACCAGCUACGCCAUCUGUUGUUGAGGAUAAUACGGACAAUUGGGACUGA